AUGAACGAGGACGACGCCAUCAGGUCGGUCCAAGGCAAGAUCGAGCGCGAGAAGGCGCUGAUCAACGCCGCCAAUGCCAUGCGCCAGUCGACAAACAACCCCGCCGUGCUGUCCCGCCUCGACGGCCAGAUACGCGAGGGCCGCCGCAACAUCGAAUACCUCGAGGGCCGCGCGCGGGAGCUGCAGAUGCGGAGGGUUGGCACCGACAUCGAGAACCUGUCCCUCGGCUCCGGCAGCAACGGCCCUCCGUCGCCAGAGCAGAGGAGGAAUCCGCUGCCUCCUCCUCCAAAGGACACUCCCGGCGAGUACGCUGAUGGCGGCAGCUACGGUCAGUCUCCUCCAGGAGGCUACAGCCAGCUCAGUGGCGGCCAGGUCCUGAUGCCCCCAAAGGCGCCCUAUGCCGCCCCUGGCCCCGGCCAGCCCCGCCAGCGUGCAAACUACAGCAAGCUCGACUUGAUCAAAUACGAUACCCCGCACCUGGGGCCACGGAUCCAACUUAUGCUGUCGCAGCUUGAGUUCAAGCUUAGUGUGGAGAAACAGUACAAGGAUGGAAUCGAGAAGAUGGUGCGCCUCUACCAAAUGGAGGGCGACAGGAAGAGCAAGGCGGAUGCCGAGGCCCGCCGCAUCGAGAGCAACCAAAAGAUCCAACUGCUCAAGCAAGCGCUCAAACGCUACGAGGAUCUCCACGUUGAUAUCGAGGGCGGCGAUGGCCCCGAUGAUGACAGCCUGAACGUCCCGAGCGCCAGGAAACCGCUCACCGGUCAUUUGACACUGCGAAUUCACCAAGUGGCCGACGUGGACCAUGCCGCUACCGGACGCUUUAGCCGGGGCCCCGAGACGUUUGUUAUCAUGAAGGUCGAAGACGCCUUCAAGGGACGCACGAAAGCUACGAGGAACGAUAAGUGGACGGACGAAGUUCAUGAAUUCUCCAUUGACAAUGCCAACGAGGUCGAGCUGACGGUGUACGACCGAACCGGCGAUCACCCGCUUCCCAUCGGCAUGCUCUGGGUUCGCAUUUCUGAUAUCGCCGAAGAGAUGAGACGAAAGAGGAUCGAGACGGAACUUAACAGCUCGAGCGCGAUGUGGGUUUCAGCAGACAAAAUGGGCGCGGGAGGCGGCGCUCAGCCUGAUAUGCAAUUCCAGCCUCCGCCACAGGCUGCUACCGGCCCUGGAGGGACGGGCGCCGGAGCUGGCCAGGGCCUGGGAGGCGGCCCUCAGCCGCAGACAGGUCCGAUAUACAUCGACGCGUGGUUCGCGCUCGAGCCUGUUGGCCGUAUUCAACUUACACUGAGCUUCGCCAAGGAAAACAAGGAUCGCCGGCCGUUCGACGUUGGUCUCGGCCGCAAGGGUGCCAUUCGUCAGCGCAAGGAAGAGAUCCACGAGCAGUACGGUCACAAGUUCGUCCAGCAGCAGUUCUAUAACAUCAUGAGAUGCGCCCUUUGCGGCGACUUCCUCAAGUACGCUGCCGGUAUGCAGUGCUCGGACUGCAAGUACACGUGCCACAAGAAGUGCUACCAGAAGGUGGUCACCAAGUGUAUCACCCAAUCCAACGCAGAAACGGAUCCGGACGAGGCCAAGCUCAACCACCGCAUCCCCCACCGCUUCGAACCAUUCGCCAACAUGGGAGCCAACUGGUGUUGCCACUGCGGUUACGUCCUUCCGUUUGGCAAGAAGCAGUGCAGGAAGUGCUCGGAAUGUGGUUCGACCUGUCACGCACAAUGUGUGCACUUCGUUCCUGAUUUCUGCGGCAUGUCCAUGGAGGUUGCCAAUCAGAUUCUGGCCGAAAUCAGCACCACCAAGAAGCGCCAGACAUCAUCAAUCUCAAUGAGUUCGAGGACGCUGCGACCUAGCUCGGGCUCGGGCCGGCCAUCCGGUCCUUCGGCUUCCGGUUCUUACGCCUCCAACACGGAUUCGGUGCAGUCGGAGAGGCUAUCUUACGGAAAGGACUCAUACCACGCCGCCCAAAGCUCCUACGCUCAGAGCCCGUCUUCACCAACUCAGCAACGGCCGCCGACUGCUCCGCGCACCCAGUCCACAGAUGCCGCGAAAGCAGCUGUUACGGCUCUUAGUCAGGCGCCUGGGCACCAUCAGAGGUCCUCGACCGAUUAUCAGCCCUCCUCUCCUUCGCGGUCAUCCGGAGGUUACCCGCAACAGGGGUCGCCGGAAGCUCAAUCCCCACAGCAGCCUUCCUACAACCCGGCCGACUAUGCGGGGGUGCUUUCGUACCCCAUCCCACCUCUAUCCCAACCCCCGCAGCAACCGCCUCCACAGCAUCCGCCCAGGCAGUCGAGCUACCCACAGCCUGCGCCACCGCCAACGACACCGCUGCCACCCCACCCUCAGCAAGCAGCCCAACCGCCUGCGCCACCGCAUAAUCCCAUUGCCGUGCAGCCACCCAACCAGAAGAAGGAGCUUCCUCCCCACAACUACCAAGGCACUGGCAGGCGGAUCGGUCUGGAUCAUUUCAACUUCCUGGCUGUUCUGGGUAAGGGUAACUUCGGUAAGGUCAUGCUUGCCGAGACGAAGAGCAACAAGCAGCUGUACGCCAUCAAGGUUUUGAAGAAGGAGUUUAUCAUCGAGAACGAUGAAGUCGAGAGCACACGGUCAGAAAAGCGUGUGUUCUUGAUCGCAAACAAGGAGCGACACCCCUUCCUGCUGAACUUGCACGCAUGUUUCCAGACGGAAACCCGUGUUUACUUCGUCAUGGAGUACGUCAGUGGCGGUGACCUGAUGCUUCACAUUCAGCGUGGCCAGUUCGGUACCAAGCGAGCACAGUUCUACGCUGCCGAGGUCUGCCUCGCGCUCAAGUAUUUCCACGAGAACGGUGUCAUCUACCGUGACUUGAAGCUCGACAACAUCCUUCUCACCCUUGACGGCCAUAUCAAGAUUGCGGAUUACGGUCUUUGCAAAGAAGAUAUGUGGUACGGCUCAACGACGAGCACAUUCUGUGGUACCCCUGAAUUCAUGGCACCUGAGAUUCUUCUGGAUAAGAAGUACGGCAGGGCAGUGGAUUGGUGGGCGUUCGGCGUCCUCAUCUACCAGAUGCUUCUCCAACAGUCGCCGUUCCGUGGUGAGGACGAAGAUGAAAUCUACGACGCCAUUCUUGCAGACGAACCGCUGUACCCGAUCCACAUGCCGCGAGACUCGGUCUCGAUCCUGCAGAAGCUUCUCACGAGGGAGCCGGAGCUCCGCCUUGGCAGCGGGCCAACUGAUGCGCAGGAGAUCAUGAGCCACGCCUUCUUCAGAAACAUCAACUGGGAGGACGUGUACCACAAGCGGAUCCCAGCUCCGUUCAUUCCAACCAUUUCGAGCGCAACGGACACGAGCAACUUCGACCAAGAGUUCACGAGCGUCACGCCAGUGCUCACGCCGGUGCAGUCGGUGCUUUCGCAGGCGAUGCAAGAAGAAUUCCGCGGCUUCUCGUACUCGGCCGACUUUGUUUGA